CGGGCGGGCGUUGUCAGACAGAGCCAAGCCUCACAGGAUGUGUGCACUCAGUCUGCUGCUAAGUCUCUGGAGUUAGCUAGGGAGCUAGCCAUGAGCUAACAAGUAGCUAGCUGAGACUUCUCGUUCUGCCACCAUAAUUCAACCUUUGUCAAACGCCGUGCCAAGGUGAAUACUGUCUUAUUUAAAGGAACUUCCCUGCACCGCCAGCUUCACCUUGAACUUCAUCCCUUUCACACUUGGAUCUCCUCCUAGACAGAGCUAUGGCAGCUGCUAAGCCAAAGGGGCAGAACUCUCUAGCCCUUCACAAAGUGAUAAUGGUGGGCAGUGGAGGGGUGGGGAAAUCAGCCCUCACACUCCAGUUCAUGUAUGAUGAGUUUGUUGAAGACUAUGAGCCCACCAAAGCAGACAGUUACAGGAAGAAAGUGGUGCUGGACGGAGAGGAGGUACAGAUCGACAUCCUGGACACAGCUGGACAAGAAGACUAUGCAGCCAUUCGAGAUAACUACUUCCGCAGCGGCGAGGGUUUCCUCUGCGUGUUUUCCAUCACAGAACUGGAAUCAUUUGCAGCAACAGUUGACUUCAGAGAGCAGAUUCUGCGAGUGAAGGAGGAUGAGAAUGUGCCCUUCCUCUUGGUUGGUAACAAAUCAGAUUUGGACGAUCGACGGCAGGUUAGCGCAGAGGAGGCGAAGGCACGUGCUGAGCAGUGGGGCGUGUGCUACGUGGAGACUUCUGCCAAAACCCGGGCUAAUGUCGACAAGGUGUUCUUUGACCUGAUGAGGGAGAUCCGAGCGAGGAAAAUGGAGGACAGCAAAGAGAAAAACGGGAAGAAGAAAAGUAAAAGUUUGGCUAAGAGAAUUAGAGAGAGAUGUUGUAUUUUAUAGUGGCAAACAAGGGCAGGAUAGCUGCUUAUGUACAUACACAUUUCUCAGACUUUUGCAUUUAUUUUGUGCCCACACCUGACCAUGACUUUCUGUUCCUGGCUAACAGGACAUCUGACCGUGUGUCAGUAAGGUGGCACUCCAUUGAUAGCUCUAACUUUGUAUGUGCUGACACUCCAAAUCAUUUAUGUACCCUCCCCUACUCUGACCAAGUUACAGAGUGUAAUACGUGGAUGGUGUUUGAUGUAGGCCUACGCUUGACAAGGGGCUUAAGCUGUGAAAUGUUACGAAACCUUUCAUUGUAAAGUUUGAUGUGUAUAAUAUAUUCAGACAACUGUGCGGAUACGAAGUGAUAGAGCCAAGGUUUGAAUGGGCGGAAAUUGUAAAUGAAGAUUGGUAAAGAAAUAAGUGAACAGACUCAGCAAUGAAGUGUCAACCCAGAAUUCAGUGCCACCAAGGAAAUGUAUGUCGCACUGGUGAAUCUAUGAAGCAUUUUAAUUGAAGGGUUGUUCAAGUCAAAAUUGCACUCCAUUUCUAUUUGUUGAAUUACACCUGGAUUUUAUUAUGUGGUAAGGUUAUGACCACAUUUUUAGCUGUGAAGUCAAACUCUCCCCUUCCUUUCAUGUUCUCUAUCAACCAGUGUAAGAUGAGCACAUUAAUGUUUCAUCUUUCUUUCCCCUUUGUGUCACUUUGAGUCUUCAAAUGCACAACUGAUCAUUACCCUAAAAUCUGUGAGGGAACACUUAAACUUCUUUCAACAGAAGUUUAACUUCAUUGCCUUUUUUGUUUGCGAUCAAGGAAUGCCUGGUGCUCUGAUAAAAGGCGAUUCCAUAACACUACAUGAUGUUUUUAAACGCAACCUAAAGUUGAUCAAAUAAAUUGCUACCAGUCAUGUAAAGAUUUAUUUUGCCAAUUUUACUUUUCCUGGCCCAGACUUUUAAUCCCAAACAUUUUCUCAAUACGGACUUGUGUUGAGAUAACUUAGUGGAAUUAUGCAUUUUAAGGCAUACACAAAAUGAAUGCAAGCUUUGUAGCAGAAAGGUGGUCAGCUCUCAGUCACCAAAGAGAAGUGCUAGCUAGUACAAACAAGUGCCCACUUAUUAAUGGAACUGAAGGGCAACUUGCUAUCGUGAGCGCGAAGGGGAAGCACAGCAGUGUUUUUGUCUUUGGCAAAGAGGAACUUAUUGAAUUGAAUUGCGAAGGACCUGGGGGGAAAAUUGCAAAGUAACGAGGGAUUCAGUAAUUCAUGUACAGUGCAUCACUGUUGCCUCUGUCCAUUGUGAAUGUGACCCCCCCCCCCCACCCCCCCAUGCCCUUCCUGUUUGCCUGUAAUCUUAGCCUGCCAUGAUGUGCAGAGUUUGGAGGUCGUUGACGGUCUACUUUGUUUACCUUUGUUACAUUUUGUGCAAGGCUUCCAGUUGUUAUAAAGCUGUAGUAGCAUCUUCAUGAAAUUCCUCUUGUAGCUCGUGUACUAUUAUUUUAGCAGUGUAAACAUUGGCAACAUAAGAAAUUCAUCCGUAAUUAACACCUAAAAUUGCAUAGACCAAACCGCACUGUGAAAUAUGCCCCUCAACUCUCUUACUUUCCCUUUAUGACUGAGACACUCUUUUUCUUUUAACUUAUUUAAAGUAAUUUAUUUUUCAAAGGCUGACCAUCGUUCAGAAAUGGUUACCUCGUUUCACUCCAGAGUAAAUGUUUGUGUGUGACGCGUUGCUAACAACAGCUCACCAUUUACAUUACAGGAUGUCCAACGCUGGAGUCUAUGCAAAAGAGUGAUUGUUACUGCAAAGGGCAAGAGACUAUGAAACUGGGAAACAUUUCUAAAGCGUUUCAGUGAGUGCACUAGAAGCACUUCAGCUUAGAAAACCUUACAUCGUUAAAACAUAUUUUUACAUUUAUAAAUAAAUCAUGUUGAUUCCUUUGAUAUUAUCAGUUCCUGGUUUUGAUUACAGGCUUUGAUUGUCUUAUAUGUCACUGUGUAAAUUGUACAAAAAUGACAGUAAUGCAAAAGAAUGUCUGGUAUUUGUUGUUAACUGAAAAGCACACUGUAGAAAGACUUGGGAGUUUACAGAUAUGUGAGUGAAUAUGUAUGUGAACUUAUGGCAAUAGAAUGUUAAAGUAAUUUGGGUUAAUUUGCUCAAGGGUUAACCUCCACUAUAUAAAUGAUUGAAACACAUCUGAUGGUUGGAAUGAUGCAGAAACUGACAGUUAUAAUCACAGUCUGGUAGGCUUCCUUAGCUUAUGGACAUUACAUGUGUCUGCAUUGUUAAAGAAUACAGAAGCUACUUUUGGUAAAGUGACCACCAUAGUGCUUGCUUACUCUAACAUUUGCUUAACACAGUCUUAAUUCUUGUUUCAGUACUUCUCUUCAGAAGAAAACACUAAUUAUGUUUCUUUGUCUUCAUGUUAAUAGACUUGAUGGCCCAAAUAUUUUCAAGGGUGAUACUAAACUGAUAUUGUGUGAAAACUAUGAGCAAACUGUCCUACUGGGUAUUGAAGUAGCUUUUACUGUGAUUUAACUACCCUUGGAAGAAAGAAAAUGUACCUAUGUCUAUGAUUGGAUGGUUGUAUGUAUGACAUCAACAACAUGUUUUCUUCCUAUUUUAGAACAUAACCACUAAUGUAGCCCGUCUAUCUGUUUGUGAAUGCAAGAGGUGAAGCUUACAUUUCAGUUAAUUUUUUUUGUGAGUUAUAUGAAAAAUGGCAAAUAAAAUGGAUAUUACUAAUAAUAUUUUCCAAAUGUA